AUGGGACUCCAUUCUCAUAGUCCAGAAGUCUACGAAUCCUCUUUGUUCGUGGAAGACUGCAAAGGGGAUCGGCAAAACUUGACUUAUGGGUCAUUGGAUCGGCAUGCCAUUCCGCGCUAUCGACCAGCCGGUCAAGGUGGCUUACUCGGGUUGGGUCCGAACUAUCGAAUAGUUUCACGUUCAGAUACACGCCUCGAUGUGGAAAAUAUCGAUAUUGAUUCCACACGAAGGUCCCGCAGACAGUCUCUACUCGAGGACCUUCCCGAAGAUGAUGCGGCGGAGAACGUUCCAUCCGGAGUGAGCAGCGAAUCAGAUCUACGCAAGGACUUUCUGAGCUUCGAUAGUGGGCAUCCGAGGAAGAGGAGACGGAUGUGGGCGGAACUGGAACAUGUCCCUUUGCAAGAGGACGAGAGCAGUGAGUCAGACCUAGACAGUGAAGCACUUUCACCCUCCAAGGACGCUUUCGAGGAGUUCAAGAGGGAUCCUGCCCAUCAGCGCCAUAUCGAACUCUUGAGAGCCACGGAAACUCGACCCGAGGACGUGUCGGCAUGGAUUGCUUUGAUCGAGUAUCAGCCCGUUCUAUUUGGCGAUGCGCACAGUUCCCGCAGCUAUGCCACUCCCGCGUCAAGAACGGUGGUCGAUCUCAAAAUAUCGCUGUACGAGCAAGCAUUGUCACGCGUCAAAGGCCGCGAAGGUCGGGAUACUCUGAUCCUGGGUCUCAUGCAAGAAGGGAAGGCCAUUUGGGAUGCAGAUAAACAGGCGUCUAGGUGGCGAACCUUCCUUGGUGACGAGGCCUCGUUUGACCUAUGGCGGCUUUAUCUGAACUUUGUCCAGACAAAUUCCGUCAAAUUCAGUUUUGAGACCUGUUUGGGCAUCUACAAGCAAUGCCUUCAAAAAGCAGGAAACGAGUCAUCUGACUCGAGAGACGCUAGUUCCAUAUACGUCCUUCUCCGCCUGACCUUGUUUCUGUGGCACUCUGGGUUUACGGAACGCGCGGUCGGGAUUUGGCAGGCCCUCCUCGAAUUCAAUUACUUUCGUCCCCAUAUUAGCCCUACCACUGAACUCAUACCAUCCUUUGAGGGAUUCUGGGCAAGCGAGGUUGCGCGAAUCGGGGAGGAAGGUUCUGCGGGGUGGCGGUCGAAUGCAAACGGUGAGGUUGAGGCGAGAAGCGACAAAGAUUUCCAGGUGCGGGACAUGGAUUUUGAGGCCUGGGCAACUGCCGAAACUGAGCUUGAAAGAACCGCAGGGCUGCCUGCAAGAGCUCUAGACGAGGUCAACGAUGAUGAUCCUUAUCGCGUUCUCCUCUUUUCGGAUGUCAAAGACUUCCUCUUCUCCACGACCACCGUGAAAGGCUCGUGGCUUCUGCGAGAUGCAUUCUUCCUGUUCAGUGGCCUUUCGCCACUAUCGUCACUGCCUGAGUCCAGAGUCUGGGAACGGGACCCUUUCAUUCAUAGCCACUUACCUCUCCCCGGCAUCUCUGUGGAAUCUGACAGCCCUGCAAACAGCAGCUUUGGGUUCCAGUUGCGCUUCCAAGAAGUCUUCCUGGCGUCUCAGCAAGUGAACUCCCGGACACACGGCGUUUCACUUUCUAGCCCUGCAAGACUUGUCGAUUCGGCUUUCAGCUUUGUUCGCCGAGCCAUUUCUCAGCUUACGGAACUGGCAGUUGACGAAGAAUCGAGUGAUCUGCAUAUGGAAUAUGCGAUUGCAUUGGAGGCUGGAGUAGACUUGAAAUCCGCCAAGAAACAGACGAGGACAUUUCUCAAGCGCAAGGCUGACAGUCUCAAACUGUACAAUAUAUACGCGCUACUCGAGUGCCGGCUGGACAAUUUUGAAGGUGCUGAAAAGGUUUGGUCAACCGCGUUGUCGAUGCGACAUUCGCUCGGCCAAAAAGAACAGCUUGACUCAUUCCUUCUGUGGCGUGACUGGGCAUACUCGUACAUGCGCCGAAGACAAUUUCAGAAGGCUAGGGCCCUUUUAAAUCGCAUAACAGAGGCACAGGUUAACUUGGCUCAGCUCCGAACAGAAAGCGAGGAGACUACUGAACCAUCUACUACAGUGCGGAUAAAGGUCGACCAUUAUAUCAAAAUGCACAUCGAGCAGAGUUGCUCCCAGAAUCGAGCAGAGCAAUUACCGACACUAAUCGACGUUCUAAUAUUGCAUAGGUAUCUCAAUGCUGAUCUGUCCCUUGACAUAGCCCUACAGACAUACCAUGCAUCUUUAGUCUCUUUCACUGGCUCGUCGACAAUAUCUUCUGCCGUGCUUGAAGCCAUUCACGAGCAGCGGGCUCGCUUCAUUUACGCCCAUUCUGUGACCCUUGAAAGGAGCUUCAAACCGCGAGGACUCGUGCCCAUUCUCAAAGACUCAACAGAAAUGUUUCCCGACAACCUCAACCUCUUACUUCUCCAUCAUUAUUUCCUUCAGAAGGCCGGAUUGUUUGAGCGGUUGCGGCAGCUAGACCCCAAAGAAGAGGGGGCCAACGAUGUACAAACCGGAAAAAGUAUCGUUCGAUGCGUGCUUGAGUUGAUGCUGGAGCUCAACAGACCAUCGUACAGCGGAAGCACUGAUCACAGCAUUCGCUCAGCUUUCAAACGAGUGACGCAACCCGGGUCUCCUGGGCAUGACAGUGUGGAAAUAUGGUACACGUAUGUUCAGUGGGAAACCUCACUAAUUGGAAUCCAUGGUCAUUCAAACCUAGGGAGAAAAACAUCAAGGAGACCCGAAGAGAAAGCCCACAUAUCUGCAGCAAUGGCAACGCAAUCCUUUUAUGCAUCGCUACAAGCAUGUCCGUGGUCGAAAGGACUAUGCAUGCUGGGAUUUACACUUCCAAUAUUGAGAGACGCGAUUGGAGACGCGAGACUCAGACAGGUGUAUCAAACCAUGCUAGACCGAGGUAUGCGGGUGCGCCUUGACAUUUCAGAUACGUUGCCGUAG